AGAGAGAGAGAGAGCACAGCAAAGAAGAAGAGGACAAAGAGGGAGGUAGAGAAAAGAAAGGAGCCCAAAUAAGCAUGCGUUUAGUCACAUAUCUGUUAGGUGCACUGAGUCCACUACAGACCGCGAUACAGGCAGAUUGGUAACACUUCACAAUAACCUUCCGCUAAUUGGUUAACUAAUGUUAAUUAAUGGUAAGGUAUUAUUAUGUCGCCCCGGAAAUUGGGGGUGUGGGGGGCACAAGCUUUGCUGCAUAACCGUGAUUAAUAAUCAUGAUGGUGAUUUUGAUCUAAAUAAUCGUGAUUAUGAUUUUUCCAUAAUCGUGCAGCCGUAAUAUAUUAUUGUCAUCAGCAAAUGUUUAGUAAGUGUUAAACAAUUGAUUUAAUAAUGAUAUAUCAAUGCUUAUAAUAGUAUUAUAGAUGCUAGGGCUGAACGAUCUAUCGUUUUCGACCGAAAAUCGCGAUCUCUGGCAACGCGAUUUUGGGAUCGUCAAAGCUGCGGUUUUUCUUGGAGCAUAAUAACAGCAUAGGCCUAAUAAUUUCGCCAUUAUUCUCAUGCAUGCUCAGUGCGCGGUGUAGAAAGGCUGUGUCAGCUACCAAUCAGAAAGCUGCAGGCUGCGCGUGACCAGAUGACGUUUACUCCACUCCAAUCAGUGUAGCUGGCAUUCACUUCAAGAUGGCUGAAGCGGGAGAAGAGGAACUUCAUGAGGAGGAGCCGGCGAAAUUAUUGCCAAAGAAAAACAGCACAUCAGUCAUUUGGGAGUAUUUUGGAUUCAAGGCCACUGAUCAACACCAGAAAGAGGUGAUUUGCCAAACAUGUCGUGGAAAAGUGGCUACAUCGGCUGGCAAUACCACAAAUUUACAUCGCCAUUUGAGAGUUCACCACCUUAACUUGUAUGAGGAGUGCAUGGCGAAAAAACCUCGUGAAACAUCAAGUAGCAGCGAUGCUUCGACAAAACAGUCUACAAUUGCAUCUUCCUUUGCCAGUGUGACGCCUUAUGAAAGAACUAGCCGAAGACACAAGGACAUUACCACUGCCGUAACGAAUUACAUAUCGAAGGACAUGGUGUCCGUGAACACGGUCACCAAAGACUCAUUUAAAAGUUUGCUACGCACGAUGGACAAGAGGUAUGUUCUGCCCUCCCGCACCUACUUUAACCAAGUCGCCAUCCCACAUCUGUACGGAGAAUGCAAGGCCAAAGUUACAAGUGAGCUGGAAAACAUGGAGUUUUACGCGUCAACUACGGACCUCUGGUCAAGCAGAACAACCGAGCCAUACAUGAGUUUGACGGUGCAUUUCGUGAACGAAAACUUCGAGCUGUGUAGUCGUUGCCUGCAGACAACGUACUUCCCCACUGACCACACCGGUGAGAACAUUGCAGCGGGCCUUAAGGAGUGCUUGGCAAACUGGGGACUAAACGAGGAAGCACAGACCUGCAUUACAACCGACAACGCUACGAAUAUGGUCAAAGCGAUGGAGCUCAACCAGUGGACGAGACUGCAGUGCUUCGGGCACAGACUGCAUCUUGCAAUUGAAAAUGCUGUCAAAGAUGACCAACGCGUCAAACGGGCCACAGGACUGUGCAAGCAGCUGGUAGCCGUUUUCAGCCACAGCUGGAAGAAAAAAGCAGCACUGAAGCAGGCACAGCAAGAGCUGAAUCUUCCUCAGCAGUCACUGGUCACCGAAUGUCCGACACGAUGGGGCUCCCGUCAGAAAAUGAUUGGCAGAGUGUUGGAACAGAGCAAGGCGCUGUGCCAGGUUCUGUCUGAAGACCGGAAGACCCGCCACCUGGUCCCCACCUGGCAAGACACAGAUGUGCUUGAAUCUAUCAACAAUGCCCUUGGGCCUCUUCAAGAAUUUACAGACGCCCUCUCAGGUGAGGACUAUGUAAGCGUAUCUUACCUCAAGCCAGUGCUCCACCUCCUGAGAACAGCUACACUUGCUGAAGAUGACGAAGAUACAGAUCUCACAAAGGAGAUCAAAACAAAAGCCCUCCACUACAUUGAAGAGAAAUACAGUGACCCAGUGACCCAGGGGCUCCUGGACAUAACAUCUUUCCUUGAUCCAAGAUUCAAAACCACCUACAUCAGUGAGGAGAAUGUCCAAUUCAUGAAAGACAGAGUGAAGAUGGAAAUGGAACUGGUGGCACAAAAGGAACAGAGGGCUUCUGUCACAACCAAUCCCAUGCCUGUCAGAGCAGAAGAAGAACCACCAUCCACCUCUGCAAAGCGAAAGCGGUCACUGGGCAGCUUUUUCAAGACCAAUGCUGUCCCUGCUUCCUCUACUGCGCAGUUGGAGGAUACCAUUAAAGCAGAACUGGACAACUACCUCAUAACACCUACCAUUGAUGGAGAGCAAAAUCCACUGGACUGGUGGAGAUUGCACAAUGUCAACUUCCCUUGGCUUAGCAAGUUGGCCCGUAAGUACCUCUGCAUACCAGCAACGAGUGCACCGUCAGAGAGACUGUUCAGUGCCAGUGGCAAUAUUGUCACAUGUCAGCGUGCAAGUCUGAAGCCAGCAAAGGUUGACAUGUUGGUUUUCCUGGCCAAAAAUCUCUGAAGAGAUGCAGGGAUGAAGGGGAAGAUUUGUUGAUUUUUGUUGUUGUUCUGCAUCUUACCCUAAAAUCCCUAAAAUCUGCACCUUAACCUGACAUGACUUUGCUCCGUUAAGAAAGUGUUCACGCUCUCUACUUAUUACUUGUUUACAGACUAGAUGUAAAAUAAUGUCACCAUUUUGACAUAUUUUGUUGUUGAGGACAAUAUAGGGUCAUUUUAUUAUUAUUAUUAUUUUACUACAUUUCACUUCCUCUUGUCACUUUAUUUGAAGAAGAAGCACAGGUGUCUGAGUACACGGGUUGUAACUGCUGCUGAUUUUCAUAAGCUAGCUCCUUUGAGCCAUUUUGCACUACUUUUAAGGUAAGACUCCUUAUUUGCUCCACUUUGUUAUAUUUUAUAAUUUUUAUAUAGCCUAUGUUAAUUUACAAAAGUGCAAUUAUUUUGAUGCUACUGAGCCAUUGAUACUUGAUAUGUUUUAUUUAUGGGAAAUGUAAAAGAAACAAAAUUUUACUAAAGAAAGAGGUCUCUUUUUAUUUUUUUAUGUAGCUUAUGUUAUUUUACAAAAGUGCAAUUAUUUUGAUGCUGCUGAGCCACUAACUUUAUAUUUUUUGUUGAUGGGAAAUGUAAAAGAAGCAGAGAAGGGCUCACUUUAGAAAGACGGCUCUCUUUUUAUUUUCCUUUUUUGGUGAAUUGAACUGUUGUUGUUUCUUAGGUACUUGAAUAAACAGUCUUGCAUUUGAAAUCGGUUGCCAGCAGUUUUCAUUCUUGCGUUAUCUUAAUGUAAUUCAUUGGUUGUAUAACUUUAAACUAAAACUUUAUUUAAAGAAAAUAAAUCGUGGUUGAAAUCGAAAUCGCAAUCUCUGCCAGAAAAAUCGCAAUUUCAAUUUUUUCCUAAAAUCGUUCAGCCCU